AUGGGCGACCGUCGCCCCGCCGUGCUGGUCGUCUCCAUUGCCCUCUUCGUUGUCGCAAGCUGCUUCGUCGCCUUACUCUUCGUCUCUAGGAUAUUUGUCGUUAGGAGAGUUGGGCGGCAGGAUUAUUUAAUGCUGUUGGCAUGGCUGAUCGAUUCCGGCUUUUCCUUCUCCCUCUUCUAUGCGACACACCUUGGUUUGGGUCUUCAUGCGUCUGAUAUUAGUGCCGAUGUUAAACCGGGUCUCAAUCGUGCUGAGUAUGCGUUUACUGUGCUCUAUAAUCCUACCCUAAUGGCCGUUAAAUCGUCCAUUCUCGUCUUCUACCUCGCCUUGACAAAAACCGAAAGACUCUUCCGUUGGGCAAACUACGUGACUCUCUUCGUCGUGAAUGCAGCCGGCCUCGCAUUGACCUUUGUCAAUAUCUUCCAAUGUAAUCCCGUCGGCGCGGCGUUCAUCUCUACGCCCCUAGCGGAUGCGGAAUGUAUCGAUAUAAUCACACUGUAUCUCUCCUCAUCGCCGGUGAAUAUCAUCACGGACUUGGCUAUUCUCUUCCUCCCGAUUCCCCUUUUGACUCAGAUGCGUCUGCCGCGGAAGCAGAAGAUCAUUCUUGUCGUUACUUUCGGAUUUGGAUUCUUCGUCGCUAUCGUCGAUGUCAUUCGUAUCGCGUACCUGCAGGGUGCGGCGACGUCUCGUCAACGAGAUCUAACGUCUAUUCAUUUUCAGGACUCGGCUGAUGAUGACUUUUCAUGGUACGCUUCGCUAUCAUUCAUGUGGUCCGUUGUCAAGGUAAACAUGUCCAUCAUUUGUGGUUGCGUGCCCGGCCUCAAACCCCUCGUGGCUCGCAUCAUUCCAAAAAUGAUCAAAGAUACCACCGGAUAUUCCCAGAAUACCGCAGGAGCCCUACCGUCUGGAUCUCGCGACGCCGCAAUGACCGCACCCAACGUACCGCAGUUGCAGCCACAGCCCCAACCCGAUACCGAUCGGACCAAGUCGUCCACCCAGACGACGGAGGAUGCCAGCCGACAAGAUGCAGACGGGCUGGUGGACAUGGUUGAUUUCCUGACAACGCCCGGAACACGCCCGUCAGAACUAGAAGCGGACGGCGGGACCACUAGUGACUCAUACCAAAGCAUCACGUUCUUUGAUUUUGUGAAUAUGAAGAACCCGGAGAGCAUGCUGAAACUGAGCACCAAGGAGUCCGUCGCACCCAUCGCACUGACCACCAUCCUUUUCUUCCUCUGGGGGUUCGCGUACGGAUUACUCGAUAUCCUCAACAGCCAAUUCCAGCUCAUCGUCCAUCUGAACAUGUGGAGGUCCCUGGGCCUCCACGGCGCGUACUACGGUGGCUACAUCGUCGGGCCAGUCCUGGCCCUUUUCAUCCUCCGAAAGUGGGGCUUCAAAGCCGCCUUCAUCGUGGGACUCUGUAUCUAUGCCUGCGGGACGUUGAUCUUCUGGCCCUCGGCCGUGCUGACGUCCUUCGCCGCCUUCACGGUCUCCAACUUAAUCGUGGGCAUCGGACUGGCCGUUCUCGAGACGGCUGCGAACCCAUUCAUAGCCCUCUGCGGACCGCAGGAGAAUUCUGAAAUCCGCCUGAACAUCUCUCAAGGUGUACAAGCAAUUGGCAGCGUCGUGUCGCCGCUCCUCGCGAAGAAAGUCCUCUUUAAAUCCGUCAAUACCAUCUCGUCUCUCGUCGACGUCCAAUGGACGUAUCUCGCCAUCGCGCUCUUCGAUGUCCUUCUCGCCGUCGCCUUUUAUUACCUCCCCAUCCCUGAAGCGUCGGACGAGGACCUCCAGGAACUCGCUAAUCGUCGUCGGGAGGAUAACUCCAGAACAGUCCUGGGUGUCCCCGUUGUUUGGAUGACAUUGAUGCUAGGCGUGUUCUCACAGUACGUCUGUGUCGGCGCACAAGAGGUAUUCUCGACGGGUUUCAUGUCCUUUGUCGAAGCUUCUGAUACACAAACAUCCCUCCAACCCUUUGACUACCUAAUAAUCGGCCACACCCUCUUUGCAAUAGGCCGCUUCCUAACAGCCCUAGCCCAAUAUAUCCUCAAACCCCGCUGGACCCUACUGAUUGGCUACAUCGGCACAAUCAUCUUCUCCGCCCUCUGCAUGUCCACCACCGGCAUGGCAGCCAUAACAAUGGGUCUUCUCCUUUACCUCUUCGAAAGCAGUCUCUUCAGCACCAUUUUCGCCAUCUCCCUCCGUGGCACAGCCCGCCACACUAAAUCAGCCGCGGCCCUCCUCGCCAUCGGUGCGAGCAGCGGUUUACCCUUUCCGUUCGUUCAACACGCCAUCGCUGUGUCACGGGGUGUUGGAUACUCGUAUUCUGUUGUUGUGGCUUUAUUCAGCGCUGGCGCUGUGUUCCCUAUUUAUCUUAAUGCUAUUCCGGUGGUGAGGAAACAGGUUGAUCCUGUCCCGGGGGAGUAUCUGCGUCGACCGAGACGGUCGACACGGAAUUCUAAAUCGAACAUUAAAUCAAAACCAAAACCGAAGAAAAAAGGCACUCUACACGGAACAGGAACAGGAACAAGAACAAGAGAGAACCCCUCACGAGGCGGCGUCCUUUCCCGUCGUCGCAGUUUUAUCGGUGAGGUGCCGUUGUCGACGGUUGGGAAUGAGAAUAGGCUACCUGAUUCCUGUUCCUUUUCGCAGAAUUGGAAUUAUGGCUUGCAUCAGCAUCAGCGUCCGUCGUCCAUUGAUACGGGGAAUCAUAGCUAUAAUCACAGCUAUAAUUCUAACUAUUAUUAUAAUGAUGAAGCUGAGGGAGAUGAAGUCUCCUUUCGAGAUGGUGGGAUUAUGCAUGAACUCGCUCCGUGGACUGGUGGUAGCGGUGGUGGUGGUUCUCGUCCUACUUCUGGUUCUGUUUCCCAUUGAUUUUUCCCCAGUAACUUAUGGUUACUACGGACCAUUAUUUCUUACAUAUUAUUCUCUUACUUGACCUUCACUUGGACUUGAUAUAUACCUACCUUUUUAUCUCUAUUCUGUUCUAUUCUGUUCAUUGUUGAAAGAUACCCAUUUCGAAACUUUUUGUAUAAUAUUCCCUUCUCUUUUUACUUCUUUUUAUCCAUCGUUAUUACUGGGUCACUUACUGUAUAUAAUAUAUCAAAAGCAGGGCGGAUCAUCCAUAAAGAUGGAUGCGUACUGGGCGAAGGGGCAAAAAGGAAUUUCAAAAGUUAUGUGCUUUUAUUUUUAUGAUAUUUAGGUUAUUCUUGCGCUUAUAUGGUCCCAGCCUCUAUUCUAUAUGUAUGUCCUAUCCAUGGCCUGAUCUGAUAAUAAUA